GAAAUGGUAUUGCGCUGUCAUUAGGAAUUGGCGUAGGAGUCACGCGGACUACGUGGCUCCUGUAUUCUACUAGUUUGCAUCAUGCAGUGCCAGUCUUUGGGCUGGGUUGUGGUAAUAUCUAGCUGUGGUAUAGUUUCUAGAUGAGACGAUUUUGAUCUUACGAGAGAGAUAAGUCAUAAUAUAUUUAUGAAUCUAAUCCACAAUUUGGUAUGGUCUAUCAAAAAUAAUCAUAAAAACAUGGAAAGAUGCAAGGAGAGCAAAAAAAAAACUCCACCAAUUUUUGAGGUAUUCUAGCAAAGAGUCAGAGAUGGCUCGUGACAUGGUCACUACAGGAAGAACACUGGUUUGCAAAGGGACAUUAAUCAAAAAGAGGGAGAGGAACGUGGGUGAGUAGAAGGAGUAUGUGCAAAAAGGCAUGAUCUCACAAAGAAGCAUGUUGUAUUUGGGGACUGGUUAGACGUUUGAUGUACCCCUGUGGAGGGCAAGAAAAAGUACUUCCUGUAAAGCCUGAAAGGUGGGUUUACUUUAUUAUCUGAAGUGCAGAUUGUAUUAUGCCACGCUUCGACGCGUUCCUGGAGCCACACUACCCGGGGAGUCAUUACCAGACCCCAGGACUUGCCUUUUGCUAUAGUGUAAAUAGUGGGAACUCUGCAUGUAGAAUUGUGUUAGAAUUCUGUUGCUUCAGCCAUUCUUUCUGUAAUGCCAUUGCACUCCCUCUCUUACUCUAUAACACUGCUUUUUUAAUUGGUAAAAUUGAAAAUGAUGCUUAGCUUGCAUUGCUUUUCUAAGUACAAAACAGUGUAUUUUUCCUGUGAAACUCACCAAGGAUUACUUUCCUUCCUUCGUUCAUGUAAAAAUGAUAUGAAAUAAAAGUACAUCAAUGUAUAAGUCAAAAGAGGUUCCAAAUGCAGGGAUCUCUGUGGUGAUGAGUAUGUGCAGAUAAAAGCAACAAACGUUGAGAAGCGGGCACAUUGGGGAAUACACGGAAGAGCUAAAGUAGAAAAUUGGGAUUUUUUUUGAAAACUAAGCUUCAGGUAAAUAGGUGUGUCAGGUGGGAAUGUCUCACUGAAAAGGAGAGAACUUAAUGGAGACAUGACUGGUAAACUUCAAAUUUCGCGAAGACGUCUGUGCAUAGACCAUAGGACAGGGCAGUGCUGACUCUCAGCCCUGAGGACAGGUCCUGUGACAGUUCUGGGCGGACACGCAGUGGACUGUCUCAAAAAUGACUAACCGAGUUGUACUUGAGAAUAUGCAGACAUUUGCAAGAAAAUUGUAUUUCAGAAUGAUACUAAAUAGGAAGUCGGCCUAGACGCUAGACGAGUUCUGAGCUCCUUUCCACUUAUAAUAUCUGAUAUUUCUAUCAAGACAUAAUUCGGCCUAAAGUUCAAAUACAUUGCGAAUUCUAAAAAAGUAGUAUUGAAUUUUAUUGUACAUAGAUGUUAACACAUUUGGGGGUGUGUGUGCUUUGUUUUUAACAAAUGUGUGAGAAUCAUGACCUGACUUACAAUUAGUACUUUGUGUCUGGUUGCAAAAUUUUUACAUUUGGUGUUACUAAGGUUUUUUUUUUUUUCACUCUAAAUUAUAGCCUUGUAUGUUUUGUAAUGUGAUGUUUUGGAAUCUUCCAGAUUUAUGUUUCACUUGUUGCCAGAUUUUAUUGUGAUGAUUUUGGCAGAAAGGUUUUGCUGUAAAAAGGAAAAUUCCAUCUGCAAAAGACACAAAGCAGCCGCAGAUCAAUGGGGCCAUCCAAUAAAUCCCAACCCUCUCCUGCCCCCUUCCUGCUGGUGGGCAUCCCGGGACUAGAGCACCUGCACGUCUGGAUCGGGAUCCCCUUCUGCUCCAUGUACGUGGUGGCCGUGGUGGGGAACGUGACCAUUCUGGCUGUGGUGCGGGCAGAGCGCAGCCUCCACGAGCCCAUGUUCCUCUUUCUGUGCAUGCUCUCGGCCACUGACCUGGUCCUCUCCACAGCCACCCUGCCCCGCAUGCUCUGUCUCUUCUGGCUCGGAGCCCGCGCCAUCGCCUUGGAUGCCUGCCUGGCCCAGAUGUUCUUCAUCCAUAGUUUUACGGCUCUGGAGUCAGGCUUCUUUCUGGCCAUGGCCGUUGACCGUUACGUGGCCAUUUGUCACCCACUGCGCCACACGACCAUGCUCACCCCGGCUCGCAUCGCUCUCAUGGGUGUGGUUGUGGUGGUUCGAGGCGUGGCCUUCUUUUCCCCACACCCCGUUCUGCUCAAACAGCUGCCCUACUGUGGGACUCGCAUCAUCGCCCACACCUACUGUGAGUUCAUGGCUGUCGUGAAGCUGGCGUGUGUGGACACGGGGGCCACCAAGCGUUACAGCCUCAGCGUGGCCUCUGUCAUUGGAUCCUGCGAUGGCUUUUUCAUUGCUGUGUCUUAUGUCUUCAUCCUCCGUGCAGUCUUUCGUCUUCCAUCACGGGAAGCAAGUCUUAAGGCUCUGGGCACCUGCGGCUCCCACGUCUGUGUCAUCCUUGUUUUCUACUCCACAGCCGUCUUCACCUUCCUUACUCACCGCUUUGGACACAGCGUGGCCCCCCGCAUUCACAUCCUCAUUGCCAAUAUGUACCUUCUGGUCCCGCCUUUUCUCAACCCGAUCGUUUAUGGUAUAAGGACCAGAAAAUUCGAGACCAUGUCUUUAGUUCUCUAAGGGUAAAGGCUACUUGAUUAUGUUGAAAGUAUUUGCACAGGAGGUACCAGAAUAGGGAAGGAAGAAUCAGAUAAUGGGUCAUUUCUCAUGACUGACACGACUUUCUUCCGCUGGAUUCAGACACUUUAGCAGAUUUGAAGGGGGAAGAAGGGACCCACGUAUAGACUUCCCCUCAUUCUAAUGCGACUACUGGCUUCCUGUAUUUUGUGUCCACCUGGAGUUUAGGAAAUUACUCGGAACCUGAUGAGUUGGGAAGGGAUCCCUUCUGCUUCUUGCUGCUACUGAUCUUCUGUGUUGUGACCGGGUAGUAGUUUAUUUUGAGUAGGGAUGGGUUCAAAAAGGGCAGAAGCAAAUGAGACUGUCCAAGAAUUCCACAUAAAGUGUCUAUGAUUGAAAAAUAAAUGAUUACUAUAAAUAUUCCAUUGAAGAGGCAGUAUAUCAAGAUUGACAUCAUCUGCAUACAAUGAAUAAUUGUGUUUUAUUCAUAAUUGACACACCGGACAAGUUGUCAAAAUUGGAACGUGGAAAAGUUCAGCAUUGCCAGUAAUCAAGUCCAUAGCUCCUUAAACAUUGUGUUGCUCCUAGAAUAUUCUCUCUCCACCAAGAGUAAGUGGCGUGUCCUAUUGUUUUGUUACAUGAACUAAAAUGGGGUCUCUUUAAACCUCCACCACCAUCACGGAGUAUCCUGGAAAAAAAAAAAUCACUUUAUGCUUGAUGUUACAUCCGUGGGAGUUUGCCAAGAGCUUAGGCAGAGCCUCUGAGCUACAUUCAAAUGUGCUGGUCUUCGGAUGUUACCCGUCCUCGCUGAAGGAGGACGUCUAUUAUUACAAAUCACUCAAUCUAAGAGUUCCCACUGUGGCGCAGUGGAAGUGAACCCGACUAGCACCCAUGAGGACGUGGGUUCCAUCUCUGGCCUCGCUCAGUGGGUUGGGGA